AUGGCGGCUCAGGCAGCCAACGAGCUGCUGUCGGUGCAGAAGUCGUCUGAUUCAGGCCUCCAGGUUGCACUGCACCCUUUGCCCAUCCUCGAGAUUUCCGAUUUCAUCGCUAGGGGAUACCAACGCGGAUUCAAAGGAGCCGUUGUCGGCGCCCUGCUCGGCCAGCAAAAUGGCCGUGAGAUCACCAUCGAGCACAGCUUCAGCUGCAAAUCAACCAAGAACGCCCAUGGCUUCUAUGAGCUUGACUUGGAGUGGUUCAAGCAGCGUCUUGACCAGAUGAAACUCGUCCACAAGAGCCCCCUCCUCGAUUUGGUUGGCUGGUACACGCUGGUGCCCAAGACAGGCCCUACCGCUCUCCACCUGCCCAUCCACCAGCAGAUCAGCGCCGUCAACGAAUCGGCUGUCCUCCUCGGAUUCCAUAUUGAGGACAUCCUCUCCCCGGCUGCCGGGGACCCCUUGCCCAUCACAAUAUAUGAGAGCAACAUGGAGGCCGAGGACAGCGCCAAGGAGCCCGCCGAAGGCGAAGACAGGGAGAUGAAGGACGCCGAGGCACCUGCGCGGAUGGUACUGCGAUUUCGCAAACUGCCCUACGCAACCGAGACAGGCGAGGCCGAGAUGAUAGCGAUGCAGUUCAUCCGGGAGGGCGGCGCCAACGCCAUGGUGGACACCACCGAGCGGCACAUCCUGGAGCAGUUCGAUAAGAAGAUCGCCGUCGACGACGGCAAGGGCAAGCGGCGGGCCGUCGCCUAUGACGAGGCCAAGCAACAGCAGCAACAAGCAACAUCCAGAAAGGAGGCACCCGAUCAAUCCACUGCCGUUACAAACCCCGACGCCAACCUCGACCGCGUCGAGGCCGAGUACAUGGCGGCUCUACAAGCCAAGUUCAACGCUGUCAAGAUGAUGAAGUCGCGCCUGGCGCUUAUAACAGCCUACCUGCAGCGCCUGCCCCCGGGCGGUGCUCCAGCCGACCAAGCACAGCAACAGCAAAAACAGCCCUCCUUCCCCCCCAGCACCACCACCGCCGCCACCACCACCCCGUCAAACACCAUCCUCCGCCACAUACAGGCCCUGGUGACCAAUCUCGACCUGGUGGCCCCCGCCGAGCAGGCCACGCUGGAGCGCGAGAUGCAGCGCGAGGCAAACGAUGUCCAUCUGCUCUCGAUGCUGUCGGACCUGCUCUCCAGCGUCAGCCAGGUGCGCGAGGCGGGCAAGAAGUUCUCAGUGCUGGAGAUGUCGCGCCACAACAGGCAGGGUCGGGGCGGCGGCGGUCUGGCACCGCUGACCGCCUCGCCCUUUGAUCCCGGUUUCGGGGUGCCCCCGGGAGAGAUCGGUGUUGGUGGGGGGGAUGCAGAGCCAGGUUUUUAG